AUGUCCAAAAGAUCGGCAGAUGCUGCGGACGAGCAGUCGGCUGCGCUCAAGGCCGGCGAGCGCCCAAUGGUGGAUGCGCCGGCUGACGAAGUGGGGGAGUUUGAGGACGAAUUUGAAGAUGAGUUUGAGAGCGAGGAUGAGAUCCUCGAGGCUGGCGUCGACGGUCGCCCGGAUGCUGAGCGGGAGGAGGAAGAGCGAGAGGCGAUGGAUGUCGACAAACAGACCUUUAUUCCUGGACGGACAAAAUUGGCGCCAGGAGAGACUCUUUCGCCCGAUCCGUCCACCUAUGAUAUGUUGCACACUCUCAGCACGCCCUGGCCUUGCCUGUCCUUCGACAUUGUGCGCGACUCGCUCGGUGACAACCGGAAGACUUUCCCUGCUACCGUCUACGCCGUGGCAGGCACCCAAGCCGAGGGCUCCCGCGCCAAGGACAACGAAUUGAUGGUGCUCAAGAUGAGCAGCUUGAGUAAGAUGGAGCGAGACGGAGAGGACUCCGACGAAGAGUCCGACUCGGACGACGACAUGGGCGAGCCCAUCCUUGAGCACAAGUCGAUCCCACUAGGCUCAACGACCAACCGCAUUCGCUGCCACCAGACCCCCUCGCAGUCAGCAGAUUACUCAAAACCCCCUCAAACCCUGACUGCAACCAUGCUGGAGAAUUCUCAAGUUCUGAUCCACGACGUCACCGCGCAUCUCGCCAGCUUUGAUGUCCCGGGAACGGUCCUCCCGCCCUCGGCGUCCAAGCCUCUGUCCACGCUGCGCAUGCACAAGGCCGAGGGCUAUGCUUUGGACUGGUCGCCAUUACAGCCUCUGGGGAAGCUCUUGACUGGUGACAACGACGGUCUGAUCUAUGCGACUACUCGAACCGAAGGCGGAGGCUGGGUGACCGACACCCGACCUUUUACCGGUCAUCAAUCAUCUGUCGAGGAGCUGCAAUGGUCCCCCAACGAGAAGAACGUGUUUGCGUCCGCGAGCAGUGACGGUAGUGUCAAGGUUUGGGAUGUACGGUCCAAGUCUCGCAAGCCGGCUGUGGAUGUGCACAUUUCCAACACUGAUGUCAACGUCAUGAGCUGGUCGAAUCAGACCUUCCACCUGUUGGCAACCGGCGCAGAUGAUGGACAAUGGGCGGUCUGGGACUUGCGCCACUGGAAACCUAACAAUGCUGGGCGGAUUCGCGCCUCUCCAGUUGCCUCCUUUGACUUCCACAAGGAGCCCGUCACCAGCAUUGAGUGGCACCCCACGGAUGACAGUGUUGUGGCUGUUGGCUCUGCUGACAACACCGUCACUUUGUGGGAUCUGGCAGUCGAGCUGGAUGACGAGGAAAGCCGACAGGCAGGCAUGGCCGAUAUUCCUCCUCAAUUGCUCUUUGUUCACUACAUGGAGUCGGUCAAGGAGGUACACUGGCAAGAGCAGAUGCCGGGUACGCUAAUGGCGACCGGUGGUAACGGCUUCAGUGUCUUCAAGACUAUCAGUGUCUAG